AAAAAAGAGGAAGUAGAAGAAACCAGUUACGUGACGCGUAUCCGCUCUACACAAAGCUAACAGCUAAUGGCUAAUAACAACGUCCUAAACCCUGGUUGAAUUACAAUUUUAAAGUAACAUUGUUUUUCCUGAAACAUGGAAACCACCGGCAGCUCCUGUCAAGUGGAAAACGCUGAUAUAUUCCUGCCGCUGUCGUCAUUGAGGCUGCUGAUUCCUCCUUUGAGGCUUCUCUCUGCAGCAAUGUGGCAGGUCGCUCAGCAGAGAGACGUCCUCGAUUAUGAUAAGCUGGAUGAGUUUGUCACGCUGGUGACAGCGACAGCGCCAGACCUGCUCAGUCCAAAGCAAAGAGGAAAGCUGCUUCUACGCCUGAGAGCCAGAAUUAUUCUUGAGUUGUGCAGAAAUGAGGAAACAGCCAAAACAUUGUGCGUUGAGCCUCAUCUGGAAAGAAUCCGCCCAGCUGGAUACACAGGAAGUGGAGAUGCAGAGGUGGAUGCAGAGGUGGCUAUUUUUGUUGAGCUUGUUCAGACACUUCUGAAAGACCCAGCAGAGAGGGAGCAUUUCUACCGGGAGGUUUUUCCCACAGAUUAUGGUCUCAACUACGACACAGACAUGCAACUCCUUGUAUGGGAGUUUCUUUCCAAACUAGAGAAACUCCUGCCCGUACCAGACCUCAGUCAGACUGUUUCAUGGCUGACCUCUGCCCCCUCUGUACUGAAGGACUGCUUACAACCACUCUCAAGUCCGGAUGACCUGAGGUCACUGCUGCAACACCACAAGAGCCUUGAGCACCUUGGAACACAAGGCACCACUGUGGAGAUGUCCACCCAGGUCUUUGCCUGCCCAGAGUGUCCGUUCUUUCACAUGCAGGAGUCCUACCUCCUGCAGCACAUCGAGCACAGUCACCCCGAGCAGUACAGCAAAAUGCAGAGUGCUGCAGAAAAACCUGUGGCCCAAAGGAGGAAGGUCCAGCGUCCUGAAUUCCCCAAACCUUUCCCUAUCCACGACAGGCCUGACCCUCACACAUGCCAGGAGUGUGGCAAAACCUUCACACGAGCCUCAGAUGUAACGCGUCACCAGCGGACGCACACAGGCGAGCGCCCGUACACCUGCGGGGAGUGUAAGAAGGGCUUUAAGAACUCUUGGGAUCUGACCAGACAUCAGCGCAUCCACACUGGAGAGCGACCCUUCCUCUGCUCGCAGUGCGGGAAACGCUUCACACAGAUGGGGCUGCUCAAGCUGCAUUUUGAACGAACUGCCUGUGGCCAAACCUGCAACCCUCCCCUUGAAUUUAUGACCGAGGUGGUUGUAGCUGAGGAGACAUCAGAGAGAGUGGGCGGUCAGUACAAAUGCCAGAAAUGUGGUGAGAGCUUUAGCAGCAUCUUGGAGAGGCUGCGGCACAGGCAGAGUCAUGUGGUGAGGCGUCAGUACAAAUGCCUGCUGUGUGAGAAGAUAUACAGCCGAGCAUCAGACCUCAAGAGACACCAGAUGAAACACACAGGGGAGCGGCCGUUUGCCUGCGAGUGUGGAAAAAGCUUCACUCAUGUUUGGCUUCUGAAUAAGCACCGACAGAUCCACACCAGGGAGCGUGCGUUUCCCUGCACAGAGUGUGGAAAGAGCUUCACGCAGCUCCAGAUUCUCAACAGGCACCUGCUGACCCAUAGUGGCCAGCGGCCUUUCCAGUGCUCCUACUGUGAGAAGAGCUUCAGCCAGCUGGCCAGCCUCACACGCCACGAAAGAACCCACACAGGCGAGAGGCCUUUUCUCUGCUCCACCUGUGAGAAGACAUUCCUCACACACGGAGAGCUGGUGAGGCAUCAGCGCAGCCACAGUAACUUCAGGCCGUUCAGCUGCCCACAGUGCCCCAAGAGCUUUAAAACUAAAAGAGCUCAGAGCGAACACCUCAACACACACACAGGAGAACGUCCAUUUGCCUGCAACCGCUGUGGGAAAAGGUUUGCCAAGUCCACAUCACUUGUCCGCCAUAAUCUGACUCACACAGGGGAGCGGCCGCACCAGUGCUCACAGUGCGGAAAGACCUUUCUCACGUCUGGUGAGCUCCUCCUCCACAAACGCAUUCACACAGGAGAAAGGCCGUACCCCUGCUCCUACUGUGAGAGGAGGUUCAGGUGCUCCUCAGACCUCAACAUGCACGUCCGGACGCACACAGGGGAAAAGCCUCACAGCUGUGUGUUCUGUAAAAAGACUUUCUCUACUUCUACCCGACUGAAGAGGCAUGUACGCACACACAUGGAGAAGGGCAUCGUCGUGGAAUCAUUGAAUCUUUGAUCUGAGAGGAGUGAAUGUUAAAUAUUAGAUGAUCACUGUGGUUUUCGAAAAAAAAAUGAAAUAAAACUUAUAUUUGAUUAA